AUUUAACCAAACAAAUCAAAAAACGUGACGUUCAAUAGACGUCAAUCACAUUCAGUACAAUCCCAUCUAGAAAGAUGUUUUAAUAACAACAUUACAACCAAAAUUCUCGUGAAAUGGCAGACAAGAAGCCUCAGGUCCCCGAAGUGCUGAAGGGCCUGCUCAAGAAUCAAUUCGCGAAGCAAUUGGCGGCCGGAACAGUCACCGGAAUAAUAUCGGGCAACAUCGCGUCCUGCAUAGCGAAACCAAUCGCUUUUGGCGCCGGAAUGGGCAUAGUAUUGCUGGAGCUGGCCAGGUACCACGGAUACAUCAGUAACAUGCCGAUACCUGGAGGUGGAAACAACAUGAAAAAUUGCAAACCUUUGUCCAAGGAACAGAUUGAAAGUUUCACAACCAAAAACAAGACGUUUACGGCGGGAUUUGUCGGCGGAUUUCUGAUGGGUCUUGUCUGGUAACAACGGCGCAACACUUCUUGAUGUUGUUCAUUGUAAUUUUGAUGAAACCUUUUAGUAUAUUGGCUUAAUUGUACUAAAA